GGACUCCAUGGUCUGAUGUGCUUUUCUGUUGCAGGAACAAACUGCCACAUGAGAGAGUUGAUCAAGAAAGGCCGGGCCCUCCUGUGGAUUACUAAAGCCAUCAUGGCUGUUUCGUAUACAUCUCUCUUCCCCCUUGUCUUCCUUGUCUAUGCCCCUCUCGCAUGCCAGUCCCAAAACACCACAAUAAGCUCCGCAACCACUCCCUCAAACAUUACCUACCUGACAGGUGUGAAAGGCUGUGGAACUGGACUGAAUCCAGAGUACAGGUACCUGUGUGACCGCCGGGCGGCAUGGGGCAUAGUGCUGGAGACCCUUGCCUCUGCAGGCUUCCUAUUGAGUAUAGGUCUCCUUGUGGGCCUGCUGCUCUGGACCUUGUGCGCCUGCGUGUCUUCUCGGCACAGCCGCAGCGGCACAGUCGGGGGCUCCAUACUCUCCGUGUGCAUGUUCCUCCUGGCCACAGCUGGCAUCUUCGCCAUCACCUUCUCCUUCAUCAUCGGCCUCACCCCCCAGACCUGCCCCACCAGGGUCUUCCUCUUCGGGGUGCUCUUCGCGCUGGCCUUCUCCUGCCUGCUGGCUCGCUGCCUCGCAAUGCUGGGCUUCGCUGCCGCUCGAGGCUGGGGGGAACCGGGCGUGGCCUUGGGGCUCUUUGCCGUGCAGGUCAUCAUCUCCACAGAGUGGCUCAUCAUCGUCCUGGUGCGGGACCAGAAACCCUGCGAAUACAGCCAGACGGAGUUUGCCUUGCUGCAGAUCUACGUGCUGUGCCUCUUGCUGAUCAGUCUGAUUCUGUCCAUGCACAUCCUGUGCCGCUCCUGCUUCACGCACAGCUACAGCUACACGGGACCCAUCAACCAGCAGUGGAGGGCUCAGGCCGCGACGCUCUGCUUCACCCUGCUGCUCUCCGCCUGCAUCUGGGUGGUGUGGAUCGCCAUGCUGACUAGGGGGAACCCCGAGGUGGACCGCCGGCCGGUCUGGGACGACCCGGUGCUGAGCAUCGCCUUGGUUGCAAACGGCUGGGCGUUGGUGAUCGGGCACGGCCUGUCCCAGGUCGCCUUCUUCUGCAGGGGGGAGGCCACAGCGCAGGAAGUUCCUCUAAACUUUGUAGGCUGGACCAGCCCCAGCGCCGACAUUCCCGGACUGGGAAGCCAGAAGGAAGGAAAGGAAAACGGAAGCUUCGAGACAGAUGGCGAGAACAGGAGAGGCAGGAGAGCUGAGCCAGCGCUGCGAUCCCCCUACGAGUCAGGCUUCUCCAUGACGGAGAUCGACCCCAACAAGGAUUACACCAUCCCUCGCCCUCAGACCACCAACUUCAAUCAACCCUAUGAUGAAUACUACGGAGAAGAAUAAAGAUACAGAAAAUCCACCGCAAGACCAAAAGGUCAUGGACCUCCAUAUGUGCAAAUGUAAAUAUUGUUGGUGUUUUGUUUCGUAAGAUGAAAUGCUUCUGUAAGUGAAAUGGGAAUCAGACGUCUGACAUGCCGAGGUUGGGAUGGAGAGCAGAGGAAGUGAGUCUCUGUCGAUAUAUGUGGUCAUGUUCUGUUCUGAUCAGAGAUGUAUAUAAAAGCCCCCCGAGGCGAUAAAGGAGGCGUGAAACCAUCACAGCGACGGUGCCAAAUGCCGCUGAGGAGAGCGAGUUGUCAGAGAGGAGAAAGGCCAAUGGAUGAGAUGAAAACGUUGGGUGGGAUCUGAGAGACGGGAUGAGACGAGACGGAAAGGACGACAGGACUGAGUUACAUCCUCUCGUUGAGAUUUACAGUUUUGCUGUUCUGUGGUUGUUCCUGCACAAGGUAGAUUAAGUAGACGUGCACUCAUUGCAUUUUUAAAAAGCCUGACCUGUUGAUGACGAAUCUUUUUUUUUUUUUGGCUGAAAGUUGCUAAAUAUAGUGAAAAAGUCACUAACUUGGCAACAGUGGGGAGACUAUUGUUAAAUGGUGGAUGAGAUCGGUGUCACUUGUACCGUCCGUUUGGCAAUCGCCCAAAAUUAAGAAAAUUGUGGCAGAUUUCAGGGUGAAGCCCUGAAAUUAAGAUUACACAGAAAGAUGUCUAUCGAUACGUUGCAGUUUCUAUAGCAUAUAAAAUAUUUUGUCAAUAAAAAGUUAUUUCACAGAG